CCGGACCGGAAGCCGCUGUGCGUGGUGCUCACUUCCCCAGCCCAGCGACCCCGGCCCCGCCCCGGUUGCCCCGGCGACGAGGGGCCGCCGUGCGGCGGCUGGAUCAUGGCGGCGUCUGUGGGGACGACUCCCGGGGGGACGACCCCCGCGGGGAUGACUCCGGCGGGAACCACGCCCGAGUCGGAGAAAGAUACUGAAUUCCAGGAGCAUGAAAAGAUUUUGUGUCCAGAUUUUCUUUCAGUUGCCCAGAUCACCGAAAUGCUAGCAGAGGAUGUAGAUGGAGUUCAACAGAAACUGGAAAAGUUUUUGAAUUUCAGAAGUCUUCAAACCUGUUUAAAGGAAGCCAGUCUACUAGAUUAUUAUGUAUCUGGAUUUUUGUGGGCAAGAGGAAUGGACUUUUCUAUUAUUCAAUAUUCAAAAUUUAUGACUUUACUGGAUAUGUUACUUCAUAAUCUUAGAACACUGCAUAUGUCCUUAGAAGACAGCAUAAAAUGGCUCAGAGAAGUUAUGGCUGAAAUAGGACCAUCCCAUUCACAAAAAAAUGAGGAAUGGAAUAUCUUUGAUGUAAAACAAGCUAAUGCUAUUGUUGAUUACUUGAAAAUCAGCUUAUUUCAACACUACAAGCUAUAUGAGUUUCUGUUCUUCUCUGCCAGGGAAGAAAUUGUGAUAGGAACUGAGAGCACAGGCUCCGGACGCGCAGGCUCAGCGGCCAUGGCUCACGGGCCCAGCCGCUCCGCGGCACGUGGGAUCCUCCCGGACCGGGGCACGAACCCGCGUCCCCUUCAUCGGCAGGCGGACUCUCAACCACUGCGCCACCAGGGAAGCCCUGUCAGCUUUUUAAUAUAUCUAAUUUGUUGUUAAUUCCUUAAUCAUUCUAUGUAUUCACUUGUGUGAUUUCUAUACAUUCACUUGUAUACACGAUUUUUUUCAUAAUUUAGCUUCAGGCUCCACAAAGCCUGCCCUGGCUUCUCCUUGUACCUGGCUCUGACUGGGUGGGCAGAGAAGGGAAACAAAUGAAAAGAUGAUGGCUCUGGUCUGGGUGGCUUGGAAAGGGUGGUGGCAGGAAAGGUAGGGAGAAGUAGAUUCCAAAUAUAUUUCAGAGCAGAUCUGGCAGGAGUGGCUGAAGCGUUGGAUGUAAAGGGUGAGGGAAAGGGAGGAACCAAGGAUGCUGUGCACGCGGCCCCCCGCCCCCCCGAUUCUGAUUUGAACAGUUGGAUGGAUAUUAGCACCAUUACCUGGAAGCCUGGAGAAGGAACAGGUUUAAGGGAAGAAAUAUAGAGCUCUUUCAGACAUACUGAGUUUGUCCUGAUUUCCUCACUGUACUACACUGCCUUUCCAUGCUGCUUAUGCCUUAUACUGUAGUCACGCCCACAUUAGACUAUAAAUUCAAAGAGGGCAACAACUGACUCUUCUUUGCCCUCGUGAGCAUAAAAUUUUCACUCAACUGAAUUUAACAUGUGUUGCACCAACUAUAUGCAAGAUGCUUUACCAGAGCUAUUUUUAAAUCUUUUAAAUCAAACUCUACCUACAAAAAAAAUUGCAAAUUGAUAAGAACCCAGGUUUAGAAUGAAAUAGACCAGGGUUAGCACCUUAGUUCUGUCACCUGCUAAUUGUGGGCUCUUUGAACAAUGGCAUGACCUCUCAGAGCCUCUUGUUCCUCAUCUGAAAAUGAGAAUGAUUAUCCUUACCUCAUAGGAUUAUCACAAGUAAAAAUAGAACAAUGUAUGCAAAAUGCUUAUCAGGGUGCCUAGCAUACAUGAGCACUCAAUAAAUUCUAGGAUGCACUUGCAUUUGGUUUUCUUGCCAAUACAGAUAACAUCUACAGCACAGCUAUCACAAAAUCAGUGUAGUAGGAAACGUUAAUAGAGAGAAGUUACAUUUUCAGGCUAAGAACAUAUCUUAAAUAAUUUCAGGAGGAGAUAAUAGGUUUCUGAACUCUUCCAGUCCCAAAUAGGGGGAGGGGGACUAAAAGGCACUGUGAGCAAAAAUAGAAUGGAUUUACCCAAUUCUUUGCUGCACUAUUUAACCUCUGCUUUCUUAAUCAUAUGCACAGCAGGGGAAAGGAUGUGCUAAAACAAUUCACGUGUCAGGAACAAGCAGCCACAGAUUUUAGCUCAAAAAUCACACUAGGAAAACCACCGGUUUGAAGUAAAGUAAUAAGGCCAAAUUUAUUUUUUUAAUUGAGUCUUCAGUUACAAGCAACCCUUUAAUUACAUUAAUCAAGCAGCCUUCCUCUCAGCAAAUGAUGAGGGAAAUACAUUGUUCUGACUUUUGCUAAACUUGUUUUAAAAAUUGCAGGAUAUUAUUUGGACAUAUGGAAAAUAAAUCCCUUGAUUUAUUUUUUAUUUUUUUCUGCAUCAUUUCAGUGUAGCUAUAGCAAAAGACAAAUAUACACUUGCUUCUAGACAUGAUUUACCCUAAAAGACUAUAAAUCACAUUUUAGAUUUAAAACCUUUACAACAUUUAAAUAUUCAAAACAUUAGCACCCCUCAAACAACAUUUCAUUUUGUUGUUGUUAGACUUUAACGUGAUAACUCUUAUUUCCAUUGUUCUCAUUUUUGACUCUGAUAUAUGUUCCCACAAAAUCCCCAAGAAAAUGGCUCUACCAAUUGGAUGAUUGUCAGUCAGAAGGUUACUUGCCCCAUGUGACAGAUGGGAAACCUAAGGCUUAUAGGAAAUUAAAUGACUUAAACGUGCAAGCUGGAACUCAACCUAGGCCUACUUGACCCCAACUUUCGCCAACACCACGUGCAUCUCCUGUCCUGUAAUGCUCUCUAUGCUUUUGAACAUGCACUUUCCCUGUCUGUAUGUCUGUCUGUCUUUCUGUAUGGGAUUCUCUCUCUCUGUCAACCGCAUCUGCAUGCUAACUCCUAUUUAUCCUUCAAAACUUAAUACAGGUACCAUCUCCCUUUUACAGUUUCCCUGAAUCUCUUCCUCUCUUGCCUCCCACCAGAAUGAAGUAGCUGUCUUUCCUCUCUACUUCUAGAACUCCCUACAUAUACUUCUAGCAAUUAUUUCACUCUGCAACUUAUCUUGAAUGUCAUCCCUACCAAGACCCCCAUGCACACUCUAGAUUGUGACCUCCUUGAAAGUAGAGGAAUAUUUGAUAAUCAUCCCUGAAUACCCAGGGCUUAGACGGUGCUGGUUUAUAGUGCAUACUCAGUAAAGGCACACUGAAAAUGAUUGUAUAAUUGAGAGUUUUAAAAACAUAGAGUGCCUUACUUGCUGAAAAAAUUAUGAAAAUUUUAAGGAGGACCUGGGAGUUUAGCUGAACUUUUGAAGAUAUAUAGGAUUUAUAGAGGAGAAAGGAAUGUUAAAAUUUAAAGCAAGUGAUUUGUAAUGAUUCCUGAAUCGAAAAUUUCCAAAAUAUAACAUCGUUAAAGGAAACGUCAAGAAAUUUAAAUUAUAUUUCUGUCAUUGCCAGAAUGCAAUGAAAUUGAGAAUGCAAUAAAAUAAUAUUUUACAGUAAGAGCCCUAAGAGUGUACAUUAAACGUUUUCUUUUCUGGUCUUUAAAAAUGAUUUUUGCUGUGUAAGUUACAUUUUGUUCAAGUAAGUAACAACAAACAUGGCAUCUUUUCAAUCAGUGUCACCAAGCAGCCCAGCACCAGUUCAUUUAAUCUAAUAUUUCAUAAAUGAAACUUGUUUGAGCCAGAUAGUUCUUCUCAGAUAACUAAUAACAAUCUUGGUUCGUGGUGAAACAAAACUAGCCCUUCCGUAGAAGGCACUCCUGUGUUGCACUGGCCUAUCAGCCCUCCUCACGCUAGGAGGCACUGAAGAGUCAGAGCUGAUGUCCUCAGAAAGGAGGAGCCAUUAGCCCUGGUAUUCACUGCCAUACAACAAUCAUAAACCAGCAUCUAAGAAUAAAUACAAAACCUUAAGUGUCUUACUAAGAGAAUGGAGCUUGAAAAGCCCAGUAAUUCAAUAAAGUUGAAAUAAAAUAUGGUAAACAUUUUGGAAGGGAGGUGUUGUGGUCUGAGUUUUUAUAUCUAAAUGCACACCUAUAUUCUGCAGACCUAUAUUUAAGUAGAUCAGCCAUUUGCUACUUUUGUCUUGGAUUAGUAUCUAGGCAUGUGCAAGAGUAGCAGUAUUUCAGUGCUAUUCUUGUGUAUAUAUAUAUAGUCAGUAAUGUUUGUCCAGGGCUUUGGGAGGAAAGGGCUACAUAAAUGUCAGUAGUUAUUAAUAUUUGGAUUUUUUUAUAUUUAGCUAUCAAAUGUGUUUUUCAUAAUCUGUGACCAGAGGUCUAUUUGUGUCCCUCCAACUGUAAACAUUUUAAGCAAAAAUAACCAUCAACAGUAUUUGUUCUCUUCUUCUUUAUUAUUAAAGUAGUCUUUAUCAGUAAUUAGCAAUUAUGCUCAAUUUCUUCAAGAGCCAAGUUUAUUUAUUUUUUUUUAUUUAUUUUUUUUGUGGUACGCGGGCCUCUCACUGUUGUGGCCUCUCCCGUUGCGGAGCACAGGCUCCGGACGCACAGGCUCGGUGGCCAUGGCUCACGGGCCCAGCCGCUCCGCAGCAUGUGGGGUCUUCCCGGACCGGGGCACGAACCCAUGUCCCCUGCAUUGGCAGGCGGAUUCUCAACCACUGCGCCACCAGGGAAGUCCCCAAGUUUAUUUUAACAUGUUUUCAUAUGAAGGUGGUUUAAUGCCACUUACUCCUCUGCCUUUGGGUGAUUAUUAUGAAGAGUAGCUGGCUGACAUGAUGUCCACCUACAUACUCCACCAUGCCCUUCCCUUCUCUGCUCUUGUCUUUGGCUUAUUCCCUAACCGGCACAUCAUUCAGUCAUUCUGUCGUCAGCUAAAUAAAGUGUGACUAACCCAAUAGUCUUCUCUUCUAACCUAACUGUAGUCAUUUUCACAUAUCAUUAUAAUUGA